CUACCUCCGGGCUAGUUCAACCGUUCUCUUCUUUCUUUCUUUAUUUGCUUUUUGUUAUUGUUUUGUUUAAGAAGAAAGAAUCUUUAUUAAGACAAAAGCUUAGUGUACAUGCAGUGGACAAGUAGUUCACACUAGUUUAGUGUUUGUGUCCUGUGAAAACCUACCUUUGAUACGUAGGAAUUGAUUUGAAUAUCUUGAUUCAAUCACCUAUAUAGCAGUUUCUCCUUAGGGUCAGUGGAAUUAGGUAAUUAGUAUUUUUAAUAAAAAUGUUAAUAAGACUCUUCUCUGGUAAGAUAGGACACAGAUACUACGUUGGGAAUCUUCACUUGUGUUACGAGGCUGAGAGGUAUUCAAAUAUGUUACAUAUAUAGAAAAUUUUUGGCAGGAACUAAUGAAUGUAAAGGCAAGAGAAGUAGCAACCUUUAGGAAAUGUUCAUCCACAUCUCCAACUUAUUAACCUAUUUUUUCUAGCCUUUGGGAAUGCACGCAUCCAUACUAGCUGUUGUCGUGUUGAUAGAUCAGGUAUUGAUGGCCAAACUAUGAUUACCAGAAAUAAGGAACUUCUGGAGAAUGUAUGAAUUUCUUCACUACUUGCGGGGAUUGCUAUAGUAGUUUUGUCUGGUUGAGUUAGAAUUAUUAUUUGAGAUAAUUCUCUGCAAGAAACGAAUAGGAAGUUAGGAACUACAAGUUUGUACGUUGGUGUUUCUUCUAGUUUUAUAUGUAUGUAUGUUCUUACUCAAUGAUCAAAGCCCCUUAGACAGUCAUCGUCAAUGGCGGUCUCCGAGGAAGAGUGCUCCUCCGCCAACUCCAGAUCAUCCUCGUCCUCCCACCUCCAGCAGCUCUCACUACCUCUCCAAGUGCCUCCUCCGUGGCACCGCCAUUCUUCAGGUCCUAAACGGUCACAUCCGCUUCCCCAACUCCCACGACAUUGUUUUUGGCAAGGAGAAAUUGAUAACUGGUUCUCUCUUUCUGCAACGAAAUGCACAGGUUUUUUCCUGUGACACAAGUUCAACUUUCUAAUCCUGGAAACCAAGGAAUCAGCUUGCAAGAAUGCUAGCCAUUGAUUCAAGCCAUGUAAUAUACCCUUGUUUUCAGGAUAAGGAAGGCAUCCCACCUGAUCAGCAGAGAUUGAUUUUUGCCGGUAAGCAAUUGGAAGAAGGCAGAACUCUUGCAGAUUAUAACAUCCAAAAGGAGUCAACUCUUCACCUGGUUUUGAGGCUGAGGGGAGGAACUAUGACUAAGGUGAAUGCUCUUACCGGGAAAGAAAUUGAGAUUGAUAUUGAACCGACUGACACCAUUGACCGAAUGAAGGAAAAGGUUGAGGAGAAAGAGGGAAUUCCUCCGGUGCAACAAAGGCUGAUUUAUGCUGGCAAGCAGCUUGGAGAUGACAAAACUGCUAAAGACUACAACAUUGAGGGUGGCUCUGUCUUUCAUCUAGUGCUUGCACUACGUGGUGGUAGUCUAUAAAUUGUAUCGUAGUAUUGUAUCUAUGAUUGAUUCAGGCGAACUCUUUUGUGAAGGCUUUACCGAGUCUUGAUUCUCCAGAACAUUUGAGUUGCAUGACUAGUGGGUUACUAUGGACAUAAGUAUUGGUGUUACAUGUUGCACUUUACCUUUCUGCUCUGUUAUGUUCAAGGUAAUGUCCUGUUGCUUUUACUUUUUACAAGAAAAUUUUAUCAAUCCUGAUUACAAUUGUUUUUUGCUUGUGGAUGAUCUGUAAAACUCGGUGACAUGUACUCCAUAUGCUACUCAUGUGUCUGGAAAUUAGAUGAAGUAUUACCGUUCAGAAGGAAUGUGAUAAUUUCUCAAAGUAA